AUGGAUGCUUUGGGUCUUCUGAAAAUUCGCGUCCUAAGAGGCAACAAUCUUGCCGUUCGCGACACGAUGACUAGCGAUCCCUACGUUGUUGUCGAAUGCGGUUCGCAGAGGGUGAAGACAGAAGUCGUGCAGGACAACUGCAACCCUGUCUGGAACGAAGAUUUGACCAUUUAUGUGAAGGACCUAAAUGCCCCUAUCAAUAUAUUUGUGUAUGACAAGGACACGUUCACAUACGACGACAAUAUGGGAAACGCCAAAAUCGACAUAAAACCUUUAGUAGAAUGCGUGAGGAUGGGAUUGGAAAGUUCCCCGGACGGGACUAAAGUCGAAAAGGUUCAUCCGAGCCGUGAGAACUGUUUGGCUGAGGAGAGCUGUGUAGUGUGGAGUGAAGGCAAAAUGAUUCAGGACAUGAUUUUGAAGUUGAGAGAUGCCGAGUGUGGGGAGGUUCUGGUUCAGAUUGAGUGGCGUGAUCUUCCAGCAAGGCGCGAUGGCGUGGCGUUUGUUGCUGCUGACGAGGAAAUGGACAAAAUCCGGCGGCUGCAAAACGGGUCGGACGUGCGCGGGGUGGCGGUGGACGGCGAGAGGGGGCGGGCGGUGGACCUGACGGCGGCGGCCGUGGAGGCCAUAGCCGAGAGCUUCGGGGAGUGGGUGGCGGUGGGGUAUGAGGGAGGGUCGGUUAGGGUAUCGGUGGGGAGGGACCCGAGAGUCUCGGGACCUGUGCUGAGUGUGGCCGUGUUCGCGGGGCUCGUGCGGGCCGGGUGCGUGGUUUUCGACAUGGGGCUGGCUACAACGCCGGCUUGCUUCAUGAGCACAAUAUUAGCUCCUUUUCAGUACCAUGCUUCGAUUAUGAUGACAGCAUCUCACUUGCCCUACACACGCAACGGCCUAAAAUUCUUCACGAGGGAAGGUGGGCUCACAUCCACACAAGUUGAGGAAGUUUGUGAUAAAGCGGCCCAAAAAUACGCCAACCGCUUGGCCAAAGUGUGGACCGCUCUUAGUGUGGAGCCCAAUAGAGUUACCUUCAUGAGCGCCUAUGCCGAGCAUCUUAGAAACAUAAUCAAGCAAAAAGUUAACCAUCCUUUGCAUUAUGAGUCCCCUCUUCAAGGAUUUAAGAUAAUCGUAAACGCCGGAAACGGGUCGGGAGGCUUCUUCACGUGGGACGUACUGGAUAGGCUCGGGGCGGACACGUUCGGGUCGCUAUACCUAAACCCGGACGGCAUGUUCCCGAACCACAUUCCCAAUCCGGAGGACCGGACCGCCAUGUCCGUGACCCGAUCGGCCGUGCUCGACAAUUGUGCCGACCUCGGUGUUGUCUUCGACACAGACGUUGACCGGAGCGGAGUCGUCGAUCGGGACGGCAACCCCAUCAACGGCGACCGCCUCAUCGCCCUAAUGUCGGCCAUUGUGUUGAAGGAGCACCCGAGCACGACUGUGGUAACCGAUGCCCGCACGAGCAUGGCCCUCACGAGGUUUAUCAACAAAAUGGGCGGGAAACACUGCUUAUACCGGGUUGGGUACCGAAACGUGAUCGACAAAGGGGUGAAGCUCGAUCGAGAUGGCGUGGAGACGCACCUCAUGAUGGAGACAUCGGGCCACGGGGCUCUCAAGGAGAAUCACUUCCUAGAUGAUGGUGCAUACAUGGUGGUUAAAAUAAUCAUUGAGAUGGUGAGGAUGAAACUCGAAGGAUCGGACGAAGGGAUCGGGAGCUUGAUAAAGGAUUUUGAAGAGCCACUCGAAUCGGCCGAGCUCAGGAUGAACAUUUUGUCGGAGCCUAGAUUCGCCAAGGCCAAAGGCGUGGAGGCUAUCGAGGAAUUCAAGAAUUACAUUGAGCAAGGAAGACUAGAAGGGUGGGAAUUGGAUUCGUGUGGAGAUUGCUGGGUAAGCGAAGGCUGCCUUGUCGACUCCAAUAACUCACCUGCCGCCAUUGAUGCUUAUAUGUACAGGGCUAAAGUCUCAUCUGCAGAGCACGGAGAAAUUGGGUGGACACAUUUAAGGCAGAGUAUUCACAACCCAAACAUAGCCGUUAAUUUGCAGUCGACAAUCCCAGGAGGUUGCCAGACCAUGACAAGAGCUCUCAGAGAAAAGUUCCUCUCACCCAGUGGAUUGGAUAAAAUCCUCGAUACUUCGCAGAUUGACGAGUACGCCACAAACGGAAAAAUUUAG